UUCCAAGGCGGCUGCUCGCGGGUGGCCGCAGCCCGGUGCUGGGACUCGCGCGGCUCCUCCUCUCAGUCCCCCACCCCUUCCUCCUCCUUCCUCUUCCUCCUUCCUCCUCGUCCUCCUCCUCCUUCUCCUCCUCCUUCUCGGCCCCGGGAGGAGGCCGGGCUGGAUCCCUCAGCCGCCGCCGCUCCUCCUCCUGGCAGGCCGGCCGCGAAGUCAGCUGACGCAGGCGCUCCAGCCUUGCCUCCCCGCGCCGCGCUCUGCGCUCCCCGAAAGUGGCUGCAAGCUGGCCGCCCACUCUCAGGGUUGGGGGGACAGAGAAAGUGAUGUGCGUCUUCUAGAGCCUUGCUCAGCGCCGCCGAAGCAGCUUCACCUCUCCAACUUUCUCCCACCGACUGCUUGUCUUGACCCUGCCCUCCACCCUCCCCAAAGCCACUUCGGGUGCGCGCUGUUGGGUAAAGGGGGGUCACCGGCUGUCUGGGAUGGCUUCCAAUUUUAAUGACAUAGUGAAGCAAGGGUACGUGAGGAUCCGGAGCAGACGCCUCGGGAUUUAUCAACGAUGCUGGUUAGUAUUCAAGAAAGCUUCAAGCAAAGGUCCAAAAAGACUGGAGAAAUUUUCUGAUGAACGUGCUGCAUAUUUCAGGUGUUAUCAUAAGGUUACAGAACUCAACAAUGUGAAGAACGUAGCUCGAUUGCCAAAGAGCACCAAGAAACAUGCCAUAGGGAUUUAUUUCAAUGACGAUACCUCCAAGACUUUUGCUUGCGAAUCAGAUCUUGAGGCUGAUGAGUGGUGCAAAGUACUCCAGAUGGAGUGUGUAGGAACACGGAUCAAUGACAUCAGCCUUGGAGAGCCUGACUUACUGGCCACGGGGGUUGAGAGAGAACAGAGUGAGAGAUUCAAUGUGUAUUUGAUGCCAUCUCCUAACUUAGAUGUACAUGGCGAAUGUGCCUUGCAGAUUACAUAUGAGUAUAUCUGUCUUUGGGACAUCCAGAAUCCCAGAGUCAAACUCAUCUCUUGGCCGCUAAGCGCCCUGCGGCGGUAUGGACGUGAUACUACGUGGUUUACUUUUGAGGCAGGGAGGAUGUGUGAGACUGGUGAAGGGCUGUUUAUCUUUCAGACCCGAGACGGGGAGGCCAUCUAUCAGAAAGUCCACUCUGCUGCCUUGGCCAUAGCCGAGCAGCAUGAGCGCUUGCUACAGAGCGUGAAAAACUCAAUGCUCCAGAUGAAGAUGAGUGAGCGGGCCGCCUCGCUGAGCACCAUGGUGCCCCUGCCUCGCAGCGCCUACUGGCAGCACAUCACACGACAGCACAGCACGGGGCAGCUCUACCGCCUGCAAGAAAAGAUGUUGCCAGCCCUCUGAAGCUUCAUCGAACAGAGACUUUUCCAGCCUACAGAUCUGAGCACUGACAGUAACUGCCAAGAAUUGUUAACACACUUGUGAUGUGUCAGCCACAGAUUCACCCAGGAGGUCACAGAAUGACAGCAAGGGAAGUGACGACGAAGAGAAGAAGCUUAACGUCCUGGCUAAUUGUGUGGUCAUUGGGAAACUCUGCAAUACAAUAAUUUUCUUUAUUUUCUUUUUCUUUUUUACAUUCUUAGCGUAAUUGAAACAUGCUCUGUAGAUAUUGACUCUGUGUCCCCUCUUUUACAGCUGGGCGGAAAGAAGUCAAUGUCACGAAAUGAUUUUCUAUUGUACAUACCUUGCCUCUUGCACUUCUCUGACUCUGUCCUUUUGUGGAUUCUUGUGAUUUUCCUUCCAAGUGUUUCAGUUGUAUGACAGUCAGUAUUGACAAUAAAAUGGCUUUUAAUUAUUUGUUGUUUGUUUACGCCCUCUUCCUCAGUUAUUAUUACUGUGGUUCUGAUUAACUACUGGAAAUUAUAGUUGAUUAUAUCACCAAUUAGUUAAAGCAGUGCUUUGACUCACUCUUAUCUGUUCUGUUCAAAACUGUUCUUUCAAAGAACCCGUUAGUAUUGUUUACAGGGUUACAGUUUUUCUCAUAUGCUUUCCUCACCCUCCUACCCCCUUUUUUAAAAGCGUUUAUUUUGUUCGGAGUACCUUCAUAAAACAUUUGAAAAUAAAAGAUCAUUCUUCACCCAUA